AUGUCUCAGGACCAAGAAAUGGAGCUCACCGAAGAGGAGGAAGCCAAAUGCUGGGAAGCUUUCAGCGCCUUUGACAAAGACUCUUCAGGCGAAAUCGACGCCAAUGAACUCCGGAUUGUGCUCGAAAUGAUGGGCCAGAAAACUACCGAAGAAGAAAUAUUCAGAAUGAUCUCAGAGGCCGACUCUGAAAACACAGGACUUAUCAAGUACGACCAGUUCAAGAAAGUGAUCACGGAGCAGAAAAAGACGCAGUCCCUCACCAACGAAGAAGACACUCUGGAUGCCUUCGUGUCACUAGGCGGAGAGCCUGACGGCAACGGGACGAUCGACGCUCAGAAGCUAAUUCAGAUCAUCAAGUACGAUUUCGAGAUGACCAUCGACAUCGAGAAACUGAUCGAAGACAUCGAUGACGACGGAAACGGAACCAUCGAGUACGAUGAGUUCAGGAAUUUGUUGUCGUCAAGUGACUAA